CUCAUUAGCGUCGAGUUAUGCGCGGAAUGACUCGCCCACCGCCCUAACUUUUAUCGACAACAAACAAGUUAUAUGUGAGGGAAUUCAGCCCUAAAUACUUCACAACAUCGGCUCUGAGUAUCGCCCAAGCUACCAUAAUGGCUAGAGAGCAAAAAGACGUGGAUAAACAAUACAAACUUGUGGUUGUUGGAGGUGGUGGUGUUGGUAAAAGUGCACUGACUAUCCAAUUUAUCCAGAGCCACUUUGUGAGCGAUUACGACCCAACAAUUGAGGAUUCGUACCGAAAACAGUGUGUAAUAGACGAAAGAGUGGCUCAUUUAGAUAUUCUUGAUACUGCAGGACAAGAGGAGUUUAGUGCUAUGCGAGAGCAGUACAUGCGAAGCGGAGAGGGUUUCUUACUUGUCUUUUCAGUAACAGAUCGAUCAAGUUUUGAAGAAAUAAACAAAUUUUAUAACCAAAUCCUUAGAGUAAAAGAUAGGACAGAAUUUCCUAUGAUUAUUUGUGGUAACAAAUCUGAUUUGGAAUAUGAACGAACGGUUUCUACAGCAGAGGGCCAAGAACUUGCAAGGCAGUUGAGAAUACAAUACUUGGAAACUAGUGCAAAGCAGAGGACGAAUGUCGACCAGGCAUUCCAUGACCUUGUUCGUGCAAUACGGCGAUUCACAGUAGCGACUGAGGCCCCACCCAAAGACAAGAAGUCAGGCAAAAAGUGUACAAUUCUAUAGAGUGACCAAAGCCUUACAUAUGUUUCUUGCCUGUAAUCACUACGAUGCUGUUGGCAGCACUAAGCCUAAUCAGGCGUUAUGACUGGGUUUCCUGUGGCGGGUUCUCACAUGUGUGACAUCACAGGAAAUAAUUAAGCUCGUCCCAGACCUCUCACCAUCUCUUCAAGCACAGGAAGCCUUAUUGGGUCUUGGCUGGGCAAUAGCAUCUACUCAGCAGAAUGCUUGCCGAACCUUUCCUUUUUUCAUGUCAAAGAUUUCAAAUUACAGAACAAUGGUUAUUUUGGUAAGGGAAAGCUGUGGUCCAAGGAAUAAUUUAUUUGUUAUCAGGAAGGGAUUGUCAUUUCUGACGUACCUCUAAAAUCAUGCAUUGAUAUUUUUAGUCUUUGAAAAAGGGGGGAAGAUUUGGCUCGAACCCUGUGUAAUAAUCAGUGAAUUGAAUCACAAAAGCUUCUUUUGUUUGGUAGAACGAAUCAUGAUGAAAACAGAGCUGAUAAGAAAGGUGUCCCGCGGAAAUUGUUUUUUUCAUCGGGGUAAAGCCAAGGAUUUAUUAUCCCGGUACAGUUUUCCGUCUAAAAUGCUAUGGAAUUAAAUAAGGUAAACCAGUCUGCCAUUCUAUGCUCCCAAAUAAUCCAAAGUCAUGCAAAGGAUGUUAACAUUUCGCUAAAUCAAUCAAGAAGAUGAUAUAUUUUAACCAAGUUGUUUUUGAAGUAUCAGAUUUCAGUCGUGAUUUUUUGUCCAGCUCUCGUGCAAGUAGAUUGUCGUAUUUGUAAACAAUACCCAAAGAGUAGCUGAUCUGCACUAAAAAGACUCUAAGAAGACCAUUUCCUAGCUAAAUACCAAGUGUGAAAAAGCAUCCAUUUCCAUCGGCUGGUUUGGGAAAGCUAUUUGUGAUUUUUUAGAUUUUUUUUUUAUUGAAUUCCGUAAAUCGUGAAAUAUUAAACAUUGUUUGAAGGUGGUUAUUUUGAGAUUUCGUCACAUAUUUUUUCCAAUAUUGGAAAAAAACAAUGAAAUAGGUGUGGCUCUUUUAAGUCCUUGCAACCGACCUUACAGACAAUGUUUUUUAAAUCAUAUUUAAUUAAUCAAAAUAUUUUUUAUUAAAUUAAUUUCUAAAUAAUGGACAUCAUCAAAAAUAUCUAUGCAUUUUACGUUUUAUCAAUAGAAUAGAGUCGUUUGUGCGUAGAAUGGAGUGAACUUCACAGCUAUUUACGCGGAUUUAUUUCCCUACACCUUGCAAUGAUGUUAAUCGCGGCACGGAAAUUUCGUCUCACCAUUCGGGCACAGAGACUUAGAGGGUUCCCCCCCUUGUUGGGCGUGGCAGAUUUGGUAUCUUGAAGGGUAGGAAAUUAAGAGUAGCUAACAGGUCUCAGGUUCUUGUGAUAAGAUUUAAUUUUAAAAUAUAUUCUCUUACAGUAUAUACGAAAUACAGAAGGCUAUUUAUCAGUA